UGCGCAGCUGUGUUUAGAUCCCUUGAUGCACGCCACCGGCACGUGGUUGAAUACAUGACAGGACUACACGGACUCGCCUCUGUCAGUAGCAACGUCUGGAUUGUACGUGAAACAACUGCGUUUUGCGGUGCAGGGAGACACACCAGCUGAGCACCACUGACGUCUUCUCUCGUGCGCAGCAGGUUAGCAGCACGCUAGCGGGCCGUUGUCAGCCAGGACCCGGAGCAGCAGCGUCAUCAAUGGUGUGUCCACAUCCCGGAGCAGACACGUCGUCCUGUGUGCGCUCAAUGAACCAUCUCCUCCACCCUCAUCACGGCUGCACAUGUAUGGCGUUUGCGAGGCUCGGAGGGGAGUUUUGCCAAGCCCAGCACCUGCUGCUUAUUGUGGACAAGUGAACGGGAGACACCAGCUAGGCGCACACACUGCCAUUGAGGUGCACAGGUCCGUACUGCCAUCCUGUUCAACCCAUAUGAAGACAAGCCAACCUUCAGCCUGUCACCUGUCGUGGGGAGUGGGAGAGGCCUUGGGCUUAACCCUGGAGUUUCCUCACAGAUUCUCUCCUUUUCUGCUUUCCCUUUCUUCUUCUGCUCUGUUUGGGACCAGUCUUCUCUGAAUGGGCUAGCAGAUUUGAAAGAAAGGAAGGACAGAUCUUUUUUCUGUCUUUGUUUUUUUUUUUGUUCUUUCUUCUCGACUUUGGUUCUCCGCUCCAGUGUUUUUGAUUCCAAUCUGCUAGAGUUUAAAACUUUUUUCUUUUACCAAGCCAAAUUUAGUUAUUAUUCCUUCAUUGCCAAGAAAAAGUUUAAAGCCCCCUGUUAUUCCUGUUAUUUAUUAAGUUUUUAUUUAUUUAUUUAGACCACUUUUUGUCACCAAAGGAAUUUUGCCUCGAAGUCAUACGGAUUUGCAACGUGAUUUUGCAUUUUUGGCUCUUAAAAAGUUAUUUCUUUUAUUAGAAAAGUUUUUUAUUUAAAACAUUUUUAGAAACAAUCAGAGCACUAUCAGACCCCGUCUGUUAUUUCAUUUUUUAAUCUAUCUUAUAAGCAGAGAACAUUCCUCCCCUUUUUCCCUGUAUUAAUUUAACUUCUGAGGGUCUAAACAUGAACCGACCGGCUCCAGUGGAGAUCUCUUAUGACUGCCUGAGAUUUCUCAUUACGCACAACCCCACCAAUGCACAACUCGGAAGGUUCAUAGAGGAUCUGAAGGCAUAUGGAGUAAACACCCUGGUGAGAGUGUGUGCUGCCACAUAUGACAAGACACCAGUGGAGCAAGAAGGUAUACAAGUCGUGGAUUGGCCGUUUGACGAUGGCUCCGCCCCUCCAGAGCAGGUGGUUGAUGAUUGGCUGAACCUCCUGCAGACUAAGUUUAGAGACGAGCCGGGUUGCUGUGUGGCUGUGCACUGUGUUGCUGGAUUAGGGAGAGCUCCUGUGUUGGUGGCCCUGGCUCUAAUCGAGUGUGGGAUGGAAUAUGAAGAUGCUGUACACUUCAUAAGACUGAAGCGUCGCGGAGCGUUCAACUCCAAGCAGCUGCUGUACCUGGAGAGCUACAAACCUAAACUGUGUCUGCGCUCCAAAGAUGCCAACGGACAGAGCUGCUCCAUACAGUAGGAAUCUCCAACCCCAUGCAUCCUCACUGCAGCUUCAUAGGAGUCUCUCACCUUGUGAUGUUAAAUGGAAAGUUGACAUUUUUAGGGGUAAAUGUUUGCUUACAUUAAGGCCCAUGAAAUCCAAUCAAAGCACUUUGUGUAUUUACAAAAAUGAAAAGACUUAUUGUCAAAUUUCUGAAAAUCUUUAAAAAAUAUAUGCAGACGACGUUAUGUAAAAAUAAGUUUUUUGUUUCUGCUCCUUGGUCUGUGACCUCACCUUAAUAUGUAGCAAAACCCCCACAGAUUCAUAGCCCACUAGAGCCAGACCCCACCCUCACACAGAAUUCAUUUUAACUGUCAGCAUGACUGUCUGCUAUAAAGUUCAAAACACUAUUACAGAUGCAGCUUCGAUAAAUGCUGUUGAUGUUAAAGGAAUACUCCAUCCAACAAAAUGACCAUUUGUUUAUCAGUUUCUCACCCUCGGUUUUUCUCUCGGCCUCCACACCGAACCAAAGAUCAAACAACGCAGGACAUUCUAGAUGUUUUUAAGUAAAUGGGGGAAGUGAUUCACCUCAGCAAAACUAUAUCCAAACACCAGUUUAUAAACUGUCCCACAACUCAUCAACACUGUUUAUGUGGAAAAUGAGACUUUGAUUAUACUGCACAGGUUGUGUGACAGUCUGCUAACGGAUGUUUUGAUAUAGUUUUGCUGUCGGUAAAUGCGGCCCACAUUUACCUCGAUCCAUCGAGAGAUUUCUCCCGUUUUUGGGCAUGCGAGAAAAACGCUGAAGAAAACACUGGGUGAAUAAUGGAUGCAUAAAUAUAAAAUUUGAAAUUGAAUUUAAGUGGUGAAGUAUUCCUUGAACAGACUUCUGAUUUUAAAUCUAAUCUGACAUUUGGAUCUGACAUUCUAUAACAUUUUGUUUCAGUAGUCAAGUAUUGUCGACAGUUGAUUUAUUCUUGUGAUGUCAAACUGGUCUGCAGCUUGAUAUUUAUUUGAAGCACCAACACCACAAAUGGUGAAUAAAUGUGCUCUUGGUGGCCUGCUGGUUUUAUAUUGCUCAUCAAUCCACACGGUGGUUCAGACUGAUUUUUUUUUUUUUUUAUUCCAAUAUUUCCUCGCUGAACAAAUCGAUGUCCUGCAGCCAAAAUGUGAUGCAGCUGACAAAGAAGUUAGAGAGCAGACGCAAUUAAAUAAAGAAAUUUGCUAAAGAGGAUAAAAAGUUUAAAAAGCUGUAUACAUGUGACGUAUCCUGUAUUAAACAAACACUACUAUCUACCCGCCUACUGUAUGUCCCAUGUCAGAGACAUAGGCAGUCUGCUUCUCUAGAACAAACUUGUGCCGGCUGUAAAUGUUUGACACUGUCCUUCAUAACGUCACCGAGGCAACGGGGCCAGCAUGUUAAAAGGUCUGUUUAUGAAUUCCUCAUUACAACCAACACAGAACAGGACUGCAGAGCCAACAUGGCCGCCACUGAAACCUUUGGGUCCACGUCCAUCUCCGGCUCUGUACCCACUUAUCUAACCGGUCAGCUGCUGUGCUUGUAAGAUGCUGUUGGGUCCUUGUGAUGUUAUUAUUAUUAUUAUUAUUAUUAUUAUUAUUAUUAUUAUUAUUAUUAUUAUUAUUAUUAUUAUUAUUAUUAUUUCUCUAAUAGGUUUUAUUUUCUUUCCCUGUACCCUGUUAACUAUUUGUACUUGUCGUUUAUUUAUAGAUU